AGCCCCACUAAAAAAGUCCGCAAUUGCUACCACACAGCGAAGUGUGCACAAACCUUAUGGCAUCCUGAUCUCUGCAUGUGGUGAAUUGCUUUUGCACGUGCCUACGCGAUAAAUACGCGCUAGGCCAACCUCCCAUCAUCCAGCUUUCUAUCCAUAUCACCCAAACCUGCCUCGAUUACCAACCAUAUCAUCAAUCACGCUGUCUCAAGACUGAACUAUGCCUCCUCAUAAACGUGAAGCGAGCACCACAGCGAGCAAUGAGGCGAAACGCGUCGAAGUUGAGGGCGCAGACAACGCGUCGGCAGCUAUUGCGCCUGAUGCCGGGCCCGGGGCGUCUAUCGAGGUAUUCAUUUGCUGCCUGGUGCUGUUCAAUUAUGGGCCUUGUCGUGUAGUGACGAAUGUCUAGGAUGAAGCUGCGCGGAGGCUUGAAUAUAUCUGUUUUGCUCGGCCGCAUUACAGCAUGCCUUCUGACGAUGAAGACGACGACGACGACGAUGACGAUGAAGAGGACGACGACGACGACAACGAAGACGAAGAAAACGAUGCCGACGACCACAACGAUGGCGAUCAUAGCAAAGACGCAGACGAGGAUGGCAACGACGAGCACAGCCAGGACGACGACGUCGAGGCCCGAAAGGCUGCCCGUGCAGCCAGAAAAGCAGCACUCAAAGCCGAACACGCCAAAUACGCCAACAAACCCGCCUCCCAAUUCCCCACCUGGCCCUUCAUCGCCUCCAAAGCCGCGCUAGACCUCGUCCACAAAUACACCUUGCAAGCCGCCAAGCGCGACCAGGACAACUUCGGCAUGCACAUCUACAACGACUUCACGGGCUACGGGUUCCAAGAGGUCCUCGAGAACCAGCUCGUCGCGUUCAACAAAGCGAUGCGGCCAAGCGAACCCAACGCCGUCGAUCUCUGGAUGCACCUCAGCGGCCUUGCGCAUUUCCUGCCUACGCAGGAUCUAGGUCCCUGGUUACAUACUGACGACCCGGAUCGCGUGGGGGAAACGGUCGGGCUUAUCGGUAACGCGGCUCUUACGGCACUGAAUGCGCUGGAGCGCGCGAACCUGCUGCGGCCGGACUCGCCGGUCAGGGAUAUCGGUCUUGUGCUGGCGCUUUUAUGUGACUUUUUCGGAGAUGUGAGUGGUAUGCUCGGGUAUGUGCCUUGUGUGCCGCGCAAUGCGAUGAUGGGGAAGGAGGCAGCGUGGCCGAAUGUGCUUGUGCAGUAUGCGAAGAAACACGGGAUCGAGAUCAAAGGGGUCCAUAAGAUUGAGGAAUUCGUCGAGGAAUACGAUGAUGAGGACGAAGCGAAUAACUGGCAGCCGGAGCAGGCUGCGGAUCGGUGGGGUUGGAAGAGAAAGUGGCGGCACAUGACCUCGAGAUAUGGCAAGCUGGGAGGAGACAAGUACGACAUCUUCAAGAUGUCGAGGCGCGAGAGAAUGGACGCGAGUUUAGAUGGCAUGGACCCGCUGGAUCCAAAUAACCCAGAAAAUGUACUGGACAUGUUUGAAGAGGCCGAGCAGGAGCGGGACUAACUAGACGGCUUUGCUGCUCCUCGGCUAAGUCCUGGUAAAGGUAGCUAUGACAGUGGACAGUGGUGUUGUGCGAUGUACCAUUUUUCCCUUGGAGUGUGAAUGAUUUCUAUAGCUCAGGCUUCGCAGCGUCGUUUGUAUCUCUAUGCAUAACGGGACUAUAAAGUAUAUAUAUCCGGA